AUUAAUUCUAUAAAUACUCUCCUCCUCUUCGCUUAACUCACUCACAAUUCUCCCUGCUUUCCUAAAUACAAACACACUUAUUUUUUCCAUUGUUCAUAUCUUUCUUCUUCAGAGUCUCCCAAUGGCUGGUGUUGAGGUUGAGAAAACAGUUCCAAACACAGAAGAGAAGACGACGACGACCGAGGCAACAACGAUCGAGACGCCGAAGGAAACCGUCCAUGCAGAUGACUCAGCCACUGCGGUUGAAGUUGAAAUCAAAGAAGAUGAAGAAGAAGCACCAAAGGUAGAGAAAGAGACUGAAAAAACCGAGACAGCUCCGGUUAAAGAGGAGAAACUGGUUGAAACUCCGGCAGCUGUGGAGGAGAAAGAUGUUAAGCCAGCGGCAGAAGAGGAGAAGACUGUUGAAGUCAAGACAUCCUAAGAUGCUUGUCUUUCUCUCUCACCCAUGAGAACAUUUCUGUUUUGUUUAAAUCCUAUAUUUCCGCAUAAUAAUAAGAUAAUCCAGGUGCUAUUAUUGUAAUGUUUAUUUAAUAUAUAUAAUGAUAUUUGUG